UUUUAUCUUGUUCGGGUUUAUCAUCAUUAUCUCAUUUCAUUCCGUGUGAUAUCGUUUCGGCAUUUUCUUCGGUCUUGAUCCUGCAUUAUGUGAACUUUCAAAAAAAUGUGAUGAAAAUACGCAAUGGCACGAUGGUCGACGGUACUGUCAGGGGUAUUUUUGGCCCUUCCGAUGGUCCUGUCCCUUGGCAAACUUUUGAUGUUGGCCUCAGAAAAUGGAAAAAACGGAGAACUUUCUGAAGCUGAUCAGUGGCUCUCUGAAAUUGGACUGAAGCAAUACCGUUCCCUCUUUCGACAAAAAGGCAUUUCGAGUUUGGCGAGUUGCGGGGAAGUUGAUGCUCUGCCCGAAUUGCCAGCGCAAGAUGAGGAGCGACUGCAACGAGCAGCUCGAUUAUUGCAGCAGAGAUUGGUAUUGCGUCAGUGGUUAGCAGAUCAUGGCCUUCACAAUUAUUAUCAGAGGCUCAUGCAGAUGGAAGUCGUGUCUUUGGAGGACGUUUAUUGGGUGGAAGACAAUGCAGCUCGCUCAGCUUUGGGAAAGGAUCUCCCAAAGUGGAUUCAAGCUCGACAAACUUUACCUACAUCGAAGGAAGAUUUGGAAGCCCUUAAAGCUGACCUCUGGAGUUCGGUUGUCAAGAAUAGUCAACACCAAGACGCGUGGACCUGGGGCGGAAUGCUGGUAGUUUCGGUCUCAGUUGCAGGGCUUGUGACCCUUGCAGCUAUGACCCAACCUGCCUUAGCUCCAGAGGCAAAACACUCUCUUCUUCAAUACGUAACUGGAAAAUAUCUCUUACCCAGUAACUGUCGAGUUCAUUUUGAAUGGGAAGAGCCUCAGCUUGUCGGAGAAACAAUGACUUUCACAGUUAAAUUCUACCAAAGAAAUGGUCAGCCAUAUCCGAUUUGCGACAAAGACAAUCUUAUUGUCGAAGUGACAGAGGGAACCCGAAGAGUUGCAACGCUUAUAGAAUUAGGUGGAACUGAUCCCCUUGCAGCAAACACAGCCGUUGUUAAAUUCACAGUCAGACAUGCUGGACAAUAUCGCUUAGCUGUUCUGAUCGGUUCAUGCCACGUCCAUGGCAGUCCCUUCCUGAAAAAUUUUCUUCCCGGUCCUCCGGAUCCAAACAAAACGGUCUUCGUUCGACAAAGUUCGACUGUUGUCUGCACUGCUGGAGUCCCUCACUCCUUAACAAUAGAACCACGAGACGAAUAUGACAAUCUUUGUACUUUUGGUCCUGGUGACAAACCCACGGAAGGAUAUCAUGUAAAUAUUACACAGAUCGGUAGUGUAGGAGAAGAAAAGACGCCAGUAGAUUGUACAAUCCUACUGGAUUACGAUUCUCCGAAUCAGAGGAUUCGGUUGAAAGUUAGUUUCCCAAAAGGUGGAUGUUUUCAUGCCAGUGUUAGUUUAGGCGGCCUGCAACUUCACAACGGAGAUUUCUCCAUUAUAGUUCUAGAGAGUGCUGUCGCAAGAGCAGUUCAUCAAAGCGUAGCUUCUAAGGAUUUCGAUACUUGCUACGCAGCGAAAUUGCUAGGAAUGCAGGGCGAACGUUUGACAAAGCCGAAGAAAGUCUUCUGUUUUAUUUCGCCUAAGCAACUCACGAUUAAAGAAUAUCUUUUCAAAUUUAUACCGAAGCGCCUUGUGACAUUUAGACUCUGUCCUUCGACGAAGUUUUACUUUGAAAGUUCGAACAAUGAUUCGUUUACAAUCGAUGAUGGAUGUCAGCCUCCAGUCGAAUUAAUUUCGCACUAUCGCGACAUUAUCGCCGCGACUUUCACUCUAUUUUUGCUAAAAAAUAUCGGUGGAAGUGAGACCUUUGCUGACAAGCAGGACUUCUUUUAUCAUGAAGUCAGGAAACAUCAUCAGAAGCAUUAUCACGAAAAAUUGUCAAUGAAAGUUCAACGAGAAAAAUUACUUGAUACCUCUAUGAAAUCGACGAAAGGUUUCUCCGUCAGCGAUUGGUGCAGGAAUUUUGAAAUAACUUUCCAGGGAGAACAAGGUGUCGAUUGGGGAGGAGUUCGUAGAGAAUGGUUCGAAUUAAUCUGCGCCUCACUUUUCGAUCCCGGGCAUGGAUUAUUCGCCUCUUUCGGAGAAUCUCAACAAGCGCUCGUUCAUCCUAACAACAAAAGGCCUUCAAAUCUAAAGUUGAAACACUACGAAUUUGCUGGACGAAUCGUAGGAAAAUGUCUCUACGAAUCAGCGCUUGGCGGCUCCUAUCGUCAACUCGUUCGAGCCCGAUUCACCAGGUCCUUCCUCGCCCAGAUUAUCGGUCUCAGAGUUCAUUACAAGUAUUUCGAACAAGACGAUCCCGAUUUGUACUUGAGCAAAGUCAAAUACAUCUUGGAGAACGAUGUUGAGGAAAUGGAACUCUCCUUUGUUGAGGAGGAAUACGAUAAAGAGGGUCAAUUAAUCAAAGUGGCCGAACUUAUUCCUGGAGGCAGUAAGGUUCGAGUCACGAAUGAAACCAAACUUCGAUAUUUGGAUGCUUUGGCUCAACACAGACUCGCCAGUUCCAUUAGAAAUGAAAUCGAUCAUUUUCUACGCGGUCUGAACGAAUUGAUUCCUGAUAAUCUGCUGGGAAUUUUUGAUGAAAAUGAACUAGAGUUGCUGCUUUGUGGAACUGGAGAAUAUAGUGUAGCAGAUUUGCGGGCUCAUCAUAUAGCCAAUGGCAGUUCUCCAGAGUUUCUACGAGUCCUGGAUUGGUUUUGGACAGCAGUGAGCAACUUUACUCAAGAGGAGAUGGCCAGAUUACUUCAGUUUACGACAGGCUGCUCGCAAUUGCCUCCAGGUGGAUUCCAGCAGCUGAGUCCUCGCUUUCAGAUCACUGCUGCGCCAACUUUUGCUAAUCUUCCUACUGCACACACCUGCUUCAACCAACUUUGCUUGCCUGACUAUGAGUGCUACGACCACUUUGAAAAGUCGCUUCUUCUCGCAAUCAGCGAGGGAACCGAGGGCUUCGGAAUGAUCUAAAAGAAAAAAAAUUAGGGUCUAACAUUCCUUUAGUCUAAACUAGCUCAAUUGUUAAAAGAAUCAUAAUUUUUCGCUCAAAGUACACUUAUAGAAUCGUACGUUUGAAUUUGAAACAAAACCCCUUAUAUUUUUCUAAAUUAAAAAAAUUUGAACUCAACAAAUUUAAUUAGACAUAUAUAAAAUAAAUUCUGUUUGGAAGGAUAGAAAAUUAGAGGAUUUCAAAUUGGUGGGUAUAUAAAAUUGAAGAAAUAAACCUUUUCAUAGUUGAACAAUUUAAUGUCAAAGAGAUCUUAAUGGACAAUUUAAAAAUUUUAUAAUGAAACGAUUGCUGAGUAUUAUUUAAAUUGAACCAAACAAAAUUGGAAAUUUUGACAAUUGUAAUAAUUUAUUUUCAUUAAAUUUUCAACUUUCUAUAAUCAUUUUCUCCAUUAAAA